CUCCCUCGCUUGGCCCCGGCCGGGAGCCUUGCGUCAUCGCCACGCGCCGGAAGUAGGGGCCGAAGUCGGAAAUGGGGGCCCGCCGCGCGCUGCAUUUCGUGUUCAAAGUGGGGAACCGCGGCCAGAGCGUCCGCUUCUACCGCGAGCUGCUGGGCAUGAGGAUUCUAAGACAUGAAGAAUUUGAGGAAGGCUGCAGAGCUGCUUGUAAUGGCCCUUAUGAUGGAAAGUGGAGCAAAACAAUGGUGGGCUAUGGGCCCGAAGAUGAUCACUUUGUUGCAGAGUUGACCUACAAUUAUGGAGUUGGAGAGUAUCGACUCGGCAGUGACUUUCUGGGCAUGACUCUUAUGUCCAGCCAGGCCGUGAGCAAUGCCAGGAAGAUGGGAUGGCCACUCAAAGAAGUUGCAAAGGGUAUAUUUGAAACUGAAGCCCCAGGAGGAUACAAGUUCUACUUGGAAGACAAAGAACAACCACAGCAAGAUCCCGUGCUAAAAGUAACUUUGGCAGUCUCGAACCUGCAGAAGUCUGUUAGCUACUGGUCUGGUCUGCUGGGAAUGAAAAUUUAUGAGACGAAUGAGGAAAAGCAAAGGGCUUUGCUAGGCUAUGCAGAUAACCAGUGUAAAUUGGAGCUGCAGGGCAUUGGCGGAGCAGUGGAUCAUGCCACAGCUUUUGGGCGGAUUGCCUUCUCUUGCCCAAAGGAAGAGUUGCUAAACAUUGAAGCACUGAUGAAGAAGGAGAAGCAGAAGAUUUUAACGCCCCUAGUAAGCUUGGACACCCCUGGAAAAGCAACAGUGCAAGUGGUUAUCCUGGCUGAUCCCGACAACCAUGAAAUCUGCUUUGUAGGAGAUGAGGCAUUUAGAGAGCUUUCCAAGAUGGAUCCCAAUGGCAACAAGCUGUUAGAUGAUGCGAUGGCAGCAGACAAAAGUGACGAGUGGUUUGCUAAGCACAAAAUGCAGAAGACUUCUGCUUAGUUGAAGAGAAUUGUCUCAUAAAUGAUGCCUUUAGCUGCUAAACACCUGUAAAAUGUGUCCGGUUUUGCAGUCAUGUUGUCCCGUUCAGUGAGAGAGUGUGCAAUGCCCUUGCAAAAGUCUAUGGAAGAAAAGUGGGAAAGUUUUGUUGUGCUGUGAUGCACAGAUUGAGCACUUGAUUUCAUAACAUGGGGGCCAUGGACUUGUAAUAGGACACCCUCUCAAGCUUUUCUCUUUCCUGUUGGAUUGAAAAAGACCAGAGUUUAGCCUAGACAUUAGCUGCAUCUUUUCGGUAUUUUAGGUAGCAUAUAUCUAUCGCAGGAUGUGUACUGAGCUAUCUUUCUGCAGGGAUUUAGGAGUGAAGAAUAACUCCAUUUCAAAUUCACCCUGCUGAAUAAGACCAGAAUGAAUUUACUGCAUGCACUAAAACAGAACGCUGGCAAGGGGGAGGAUCAGAACACUAACUAAUUAGAUUAAACUAUGGUAUUUUAUUCUAAUUAGCAGUUGUCUUCCAAAUAAUUCAUGCUGCUAAACCUAACUGAAUAAAAAUUCGUGGUUCAGAGCUGGGUGGAAAAAAGCUCUUUGGAAGUGUUGAAAUACUUGCUUUCAAAGCAAAGUAUAGGUUAAAAAAUAAAGUAAAUGUUAUAUUGAUGGUUGGUUCCAUUCAUGGAAAAUGUAUUGGACAACUCUAGAACUUAUUGCCAUGAAGUGAAAGGGACAACAUUAAUGGUGGUAUAAUAGCAAAUAGACUUGUUGUGUAUGUUACAGAGCAUUUUGUAAGGUCAGUGGCUUUAGCAAUGCUCAGUCUGCUGCACAUGGAAAAGAAAAAGCCUUUGGUUAGCUACUGUUUGUUGUGAACAGUGCAAAUGUUUCUGUUUUUAUGACAUAGAUUUAAUCUGGAACUGAGAGCUUGUCUACAUGGGAAAAUUGAUUAGCAUAAUUAUAAUAAUAAAUAUCUAGCUCUUAGUGGAAUAGGUGUCCUGCUGUAGCUGUGCAGGUCAGUUUCCCUAUCUAAACCCUCAGGCUGACAUCUAGGUUUUGAUUCUGAGAAAAACCUCCCUGAAGCCAAAUGUAGGUGGAUAGCUCAGUUGCUAUGAGCUGGCAUAUGAGUAAAAUGUUUGAGCAUAGCUUAUCUUUUUUUCCAAAUAAACAUUAAACAAAUAAAUCACUGCAGUACUAAUGAGAGCACCGUGAUGAGCAUAGUAUAAAUGCCUGAAUCAACAGAAGGUAAAAUACAUAGUCCAAGCUUCUGAGCUUUCAAACCAUCAAGACACAAAGGUGCGACAUAGACCUUAAAAUACUGGGCAAAAUCAAUGGGUGGAAUUAGAUUUUUUUUUUCUUUCUUAGACACAUUAACCAGUAUGUUUCCUGGGUCAGAAUUUCUAAAGAAUGAUGCAGGAACUGAUAUGGGAAGAACCAAUACAGAGUUUAAAAUGUGUGACUUCAUUGGUACAGCUGAGAAAUAUGCUCAUUACCUCUUCAAAAGCUGUGUUUUGUCUCUGUACUGCCAGUGUAACUGUUCUUCCAUUUCCCCACUCAGCAUAAAAUCCUGGCUCUGUCUCAAACCAUCCUUUCAGGCCAGAGGAAAUGAGGUUAUUUUGGAGAAUGUGAAAAGCUGAGGAUUCCCUGAUAGGCCUUAUUGGACUAGGUCUGUCCUAUGGCUUCCAUGCACCUUAAGCUGCAUUAUAUCUAUCUGCUAACUGCAGUGCACCAAACACUUGACAUUCCAAAUGGGGGUUAUGUAGCAAACUAGAGCCAGUCAGACUUUAUUAUCUGGGAGAGGGGAAGAGUAAAGUGACAAAUGGAUAGCUGUCUUGAAAUUAGCUUUAAGUGUGUUAAUUUAACAACUUGUCGUCUUUUGGGUUGAACUGACUUGAAUGCCUGCUGUUGCUGAUGGAACUGUAGAAUCAGCACGUUCUGAAUAAAUAUCUACAAUAUA